AAACAAAUUUCAUUAGUUUUGAUUCUCUUUUUUACCUUACUUACUCAUACUACAAUAUUAAAUAUUAUUAUUAUUCCCUUUGCAUAAUAUGAACGAUACAUAGGGCGCUCAAAGACUGCUCAUUUCUCAUCACCUUCUUUCGAUUAUCUGAUCCCUUCUUUCACUUCCAUUCAAAAGCUUGAAAUUUUUAUGGUUUUGAAAGAGCUUCUGAAGUUGACACACACACACACACACAUACAUAGAGAGAGAGAGAGAGAGAGAGAGAGAGAGAGAGAAAAGGAUGGGAUUGAGUUGUAAACAGGUUUCCAGUGAUGAGGUUGAGUGGAUCCAGGGCCAGUCUUUGUUGCAGGCUCCAACUAUGGAGCGUCCAAAAGCUUCAUCAAUGAAAAGGCGACAUCAUCAAGAAAACCAGCUGCAGCAAUUGGAACCGCCAUUGAAGUGUCCAAGGUGUGAUUCUUCCAACACAAAGUUCUGUUAUUACAACAACUAUAACAAGUCACAACCUAGGUAUUUUUGCAAGACCUGUAAAAGACAUUGGACUAAAGGUGGUAAUCUUCGCAAUGUUCCCGUUGGUGGAGGCCGUAAAAACAAGCGGCAUCAGACAUCCGCCGCCGCUUCUGCCAGUAAAACAACCACAACUACCAUCAAAAGCUCCACCUCUUCCGCUAUUCAACCGCAUCAGCUUCCGCCUGCCGAUCAAAAGUACAUACCGAACAUCAAAUUUCAUUCACCGUUGCAGCAAAAUUCUGUAAAUUGCAGAAACUCGGAGAGAGAAAUUUUCAGCACAAACAAUGGAGUCUGCUUGGAUUCUACCAUGUCUCAAGGCUUACAGACUCUAUUUCCUUUGCCGUUUCCAUUUUCAAGUUCAAGCUCAUAUUCUUUGGAAACAUUCCCAUCAUCAAUAUCAGCCUCGUUUCAGUCUUCGAGUCUCUACAACUAUAGUGGAGAAACGAGGGAGGAUCCAACUGGUUCACUGACCUGGAAAGAACCUAUUACCAGCAAUGGCAUUGAAAUGGCAAACUACUGGAAUUGGGAUGAUAUUGAUGCACUUGUCUCUACUGAUCUCAACAUUCCAUGGGAUGACUCUGAGAUCAAACCAUGGAAAGAUCUUUAAACCAUGCAUAUAUAUUAAUUAUACAUGUUGUCCGGUUCAAUUUUUUUCUCUCUUUAAAAUAUUUGUU